GAGGAAGGGGCGUGGCCGCCAGGUCGGCCUCCGCCAUCCUCUUCCGGGCUCCGCCGGCUGCGCGCGCAUCCGCCCCCCUUCUUUUGUGGUCCGGCCCAUUGCGAGGGUGACAGGAAACCCUGUGCAGGGAGCGCCGCCAUCUUGGACCAGCCCGAGGAAGAUCCUGAGGGAGCCGCAGGAGCCGCCGCCGCCGCGACUGCCGCCCGAGCGUCUGCAGCCUCAGGCCAGCCCGCCUUCCUGCUGGGGCCUCGGCCGACGGGUCCCGGCCGCUCUCCCGCCGCGUCCGCACCCCGCUUCCUCGUCCUGACGUCCCCCUCCCGCCCGGAAAGCUGCCCAGCCACCAGCAACCCCCCAGUGCCACCAUGGCAACUGCACCAUACAACUACUCUUACAUCUUUAAGUAUAUUAUUAUUGGGGAUAUGGGAGUAGGAAAGUCUUGCUUGCUUCAUCAAUUUACAGAAAAAAAAUUUAUGGCUGACUGUCCUCACACAAUUGGUGUUGAAUUUGGUACAAGAAUAAUUGAAGUUAGUGGCCAAAAAAUCAAACUGCAGAUUUGGGACACGGCAGGACAGGAACGGUUCAGAGCUGUGACACGGAGCUACUACAGAGGAGCUGCGGGCGCACUCAUGGUGUAUGACAUCACCAGAAGAAGUACAUAUAACCACUUAAGCAGCUGGUUGACAGAUGCAAGGAAUCUCACCAAUCCAAACACUGUAAUAAUUCUCAUAGGAAAUAAAGCAGACUUGGAAGCACAGAGAGAUGUUACCUAUGAAGAAGCCAAACAGUUUGCUGAAGAAAACGGCUUAUUGUUCCUUGAAGCAAGUGCAAAAACGGGAGAGAAUGUAGAAGAUGCUUUUCUUGAGGCUGCCAAGAAAAUCUAUCAGAACAUUCAGGACGGAAGCCUGGAUCUGAAUGCUGCUGAGUCUGGGGUACAACACAAACCCUCAGCCCCGCAGGGAGGACGGCUAACCAGUGAACCCCAGCCCCAGAGAGAAGGCUGUGGCUGCUAGUGACCUCUUUGCUCUGGCCCUUCAUUUGACCUUUCACAUCUGUCUGUUGGAAGCAGUACUUUUUACUGCCUCCUUGUCUUCUGUACAUCUUACUGGGUUUAAUUGAAAAAGAAAAAACAACUCUUGUAAAAACAGUUUAACAAUACUAAACUGCUAAACAACUAGAUGUAAUCAGGUUAUCAAAGGCAAGUAGAGUAAUAAUCUCUCCUGCAUGGUAAAUCUAGACUUCCCCCUUUGAUUGUCCUUGUGAUAGGUUUGUUACCAAUAUAGGAUUUCAACUGAGCACUGACGCGGACUCGAUUUUUACCUUCCCCUCUGGCGAGGCUUUGUCUCACUCACUGUACGGUUUAAAUUUGAUCUCUUCAGCCUUCUCCCUCGCAUCUUUAAACUGUUCAAGUAUGUCUGUUGUAGCCAGAAAGUUCAUUGCUGUGAAAUGACUUCCAAUUGUAAAGAAAAGGGGGUCUGCAACUGCUUUUGUUUUUUGUUGCAUAAAUUCCCUGUUGUAGGGGUGGCAUUUUUCUUGAUGGGGUUUGCUUCUGUCUUAGCCUUGCACAGGGAAAAAAAUACCCAUUUAUCUUUUCUUGUGCUUAAUUAAUAGCUUUAUCUUUUUUUUCACAUCAUUUUAUCCUUUUCUCUUUAACAGAAAGUAAAUAUGUAUAAAAUUUGAAGGAACCUAAACUAACAAUACCUUCUGUGUAUAUUAUUUUAAUGAAGAAAAUAAAUUGAUUACUGGCAUUGGAACAGUAUAAAAUACCAGUUUGUACAGUGUGAUCUAUAUGUGACCAUGUUACUCUCUUCCAUUUCACACGAGGAAAUAGACACAACUGCAGUUUCACAUGUAACACCGGCUCCACUCGUUGGUGCUGGCAGUGUUUGGGGACAGACUUAAUGCUGAAAAGAGCUCCUGGCAUCAGCGGAAACACUAGUGGAUUCUGUCCCGUCUUUGCACUGUGGCUUACCUGCCGAUUUUCUUAACUGUUCUUGUGUAAUCAACAAUGUGCUAACCUGCUUUUCUUUUUGUAAACAUUUUGUGUUACAGGCUGCAUUCUUGCCUUACUGUAUAGAAAAAGGAAGAAGGCUGGGUCUAAUAUUGCACAUUUUAAGCUUUUAUACCUUUAUCUUGGAAUGGUCAACUUCUGGACCAGAUAGCCAGAACCACAGGUCUGCUGUUAAGGGAUUUUAAAUUGUGCAUUUUUAACACUAUGGUGAAAUAAUUUAAUACAAUCCCUUGUGUUCAUAGGAUGAGGGGCUAUUUUAUGUCUUGUUGGCGGAAACUGUCUAGUAAGAGGGAAUGCUGACAAGAAGUAAGUUAGUGCUCUGCACUGGGUGGUCUGGCCACAAAAAGAACACCUCGCAAGAGAAACCAUCCUUUAGACGGCAUCUGCUUUACUCAGUUCUUCACUCUUGGUUGGUUUCUAGCAGAGUUGAAGCUGGGGAUCAAGAGGUCAUUGGAAGUGCAGGCAGGGAAGCCCAAGCAAGUCACAUAAAAAUGCUCUCAGCUCAAUGCUGUGUUUAACAUUCACAUUUUAAAUCCCUUUACCAGACACUAAUGUAAAGUACAUCUUCUGGACUAUAAACAUGCGGUAGUUCCAGAGUUUUGUAUAGUUGAUAUUCAAUAAAAGCCAAAACUGGAAUGUGCAGAAAAUAGGGUUCGGUUUCUUUGUGGAUUCAUCUUUUGUCUUUGUUUAACUUCAAGGAUUCCUGGAGUCGAUUGGUAUAUUCUGUUAAAGACUUAGAGCGAUCCAUUUGCUUAAACUGUUAUAUCACAAGGGAUUUGCCCAGGGACCAUGACCUGCUGGUGUGUGUAUAUAUCUACAAAAACAAAACAAAUCACCCGUCAAGAUAGAAGGUGGCAGCAAUCACAAACUAAAGACUUUGGCUUCUUUAGGUACAAUGCCCUGACUCUCAGUUACAGUGGGUCUUGAUUGUUUCUGUGACAGAUUUAUUCAGACUGCUGUACUCUUCAUUUGAUGUAACAAAAUGCUAUUAUCUAAAUAUUUGUAAAUAAAGUACCUGUAUCUAGAUUAAACUGAA